AUUUACGUCCGCAUUUUCUACAUCCUAGUACCCUAGUGUGAUUGUGGAACUUGCGUGGCAGCGUCAUUGUGCAAUUAUGGGUCGAAAUUGUUGAAAUUCAUUUAGAGUCAGCCUUCAUCGUAGUUCAACAAAAGCAGCGCUGUAAUUUAAAAAGUACUGGCACUGUGAUGAAGUCAAACGGGAGCAACCGCGGUGCCCUGCGGCCGCACUACGGCGGACGAGCUCCACCUUUCUUGCUUGCCGCACUGUUGAUCGGUCUCGUGCUCAUCGGCUUCUGUUACUACAACCUGUCGUCACAGUACAGUGCCUUGGAUAUGCAAUACCGGGACUUGCAAGAGCGACUGAGGGCCGUGGCAGAAAAGCACGAAUCGGCGGAGCUUCGCUACGACAGGCUCAAGAAGACGCUCGAGGACAACUCCAAGUCACUAGAUGAGAAAGAUAAGCAGCUAUUACAGAAAGAGCAAGACAGAGCUGCCCUUGAAACUGCGCUUCGAAAGAAAGAAGAUGAGCUGAUGACGAAAUCUCGUGAAGCCGACACAGCUGCGAAAGCACUGACUGGAUGCCUGCAAAGGUUGAAUGAGACUUCUUCAAAGUUAUCUGAGAAAGAAAUGUCGCUUGCAAAGAUCACCAGUGAAGUUGAUGCACUGAAGGCAGCUGUCAGGGCUGCUGAAACAAAAGCAGCUGCUGUAGCUGGUGCACACUCUGCCAGCCAAAAGACAGCGGCACCUGAGAGAAAUCAAAACCUGAUCAAGGAGCCACUGCCACCUGCCAAGAAAGAAGAGGCGGCAAAAGAAGUUGGAAAUGGGCUACAAGAUGGCAUGCCGCAAGAUCCUGAUGUGAAUCCACCACUGGACGCUGGCCAGUAGAGAGCAGCAAGACUAUGAAAUGCCCAUAUAGCUGCCUGAUGAAAGGAGAGUCGAAGGUGCAGUGCACCCAAGGUGGCCCAUUCCUCCAACUAUCUGCUGUCAUUUGUCACUGCACAUCAGAAUCCCAUCAUGUAUUUACCCAUUUUUAGUGGCACUCUAAAGGGACACCAAAGAGUGAAAUAUAAGUUCAGAGCUCUAUUAGUGAGUUACCCUCCUACAGUACCAAAAAAGCCACUCUUACCGCAAAGGAAGCUUGAUAAGCCACGAAAGAUGCAACAACAAAAGACUUGUGGCAACACCACCUUGAAUUUCACGCACCAGUGUGCCUCAACAUCAUGGAUUUUUAUUACAUCUGCUCAGCAUAGUUAAUUUUAAGGCGAGUAGCAUUCUUUGGCUCUUUUGCCCAUUUCCAUGUUUCGUGGUUGGCAGUGGCCAAAUGUUGGUGGUCGGAGGUUGAAACAAAAGCGCCAAUGUAAAGGGCGCGCGAGCUUGCAUUGCGAGGCACGUUCGUUGUCGAAUGCCAGCUGUUGUAGCGUAUUCAGAUGCACAUGCUUUCCAUUUAUCCUACCACUAGAAAUGUGCUCGUUAACGGUUAUGUUCUCUAUGGAAUAGCACAAUGCGACAACAGACUCUACCUAAAUACCCUCACUGCAACAAAUAUAAGUUGUCAAGUGGACAAUCGUCAUUGAUGGUUCUCCACAGUAUUUUUUCAUCAGUGAAGAUAGACUACUCUUGUGUCCUAAUUCUACUUUUGUGCUGUUAGUUUACUUAUGCCGGCCAUUUGUUGGUGUAAUAUGGAUGACAGGGUAGGGAAGUCAUUCUUAAUUUAAAUGCUGUCAUUGUGGAUGUUUUUUAAAAGGAUUCAAAGACUGAACUUAGUUCAAGAACAUUUACUGCACCACUGCUGCCCAAAUAUGAAGGAAAGAAUACUUUGAAAUCCAUGGUGUCACACUUGCGUAGCAGUGCCGGGGCUCUGGUGCGAAAUUUAAAAUGUAGAAGUUUCAUCUCCAUCUUAUCUUUCAGUAAUAAACGUCCUCCCGCAACAUUAAAUAAAAUUUCAAUGAAAUUCAUAAUUUCAAACUGAUUCAGUGCUUUUCUUUAGUGUCCCUCUAACUGUCGCCACUUAUUCUCUAUAUUCUCAGUAACUAUUUUCAAUUGCCGUUGCAAUGCAAUGAAAAAAAAAAUGCACAUUCCUGCCUGUGGGGCGGUUUAUUUUGUGGCAGUCUUCCUUUACUUCUUUCACUUAAUGUAGGUGCACUUGCUGCAUCAAAGUGCAUGACUGAGUCUUUCGUGUAUACAUGCGACACUUGUGGACUUUAGGAGAGUUUACUGUUGGGCUAGUUGGUACACGAUUUUAAAAUUUAGAACAGUGCCACUGUGUCACUUUCUUGUCCACUUUCGUGCCGCUGUUUUAAAUUUUGAAACUUGUCGAGUGUUGUAUGUUUCAGCAAUUUGGUAACUGCUCAUGCUUUCCUGCUUGCUACAACUUGCCAAAUAUUUUUUUAAAUUUACAAUACUUUAAAACUCGUUUCUGGUUUUAAAAAAUUCUGUUUGAUAUUCGUACGUACAGGUUGUGUCAUGGAGGUUUGGCAUGUGACCCUGCAUGUUUAACACGUGACCCUGCAUGUUUAACACGUUUCAGGAAGCUAGCCCUGAAAGGUGCUCUGAAACACUCUUUGAACAUAGAAAACUUUGCCGAUGUGUUAAGGAAGCUCCUGUGAACAUGUGAGCUGAAUAUUAUAGCACUGCGUGUAGCAGGCAAUUUACAAUGUUCUGUCAAAAGCAGUAAAAAAUUGCUUGCUC